AUGGCUCCAUCAGUACGACACGUGAAUAAUUUAAAAAGAAAGAAAAAGUUUAAAGAGAAAAUAGGGGAAAGGAAAAAGAAAAAAUUAGCAGUUCACGGAGAAAUCAAAAGUAUUCAAGAAUCUUAUUCUUCGAUUGACCCUUCUAAUAUAAAAAAAUUUUCCGACUUUCCACUAUCCAGAAGCACGUUAAAAGGACUGUACGAAAGUAAUUACAUUACACCUAGUGAAAUUCAAAGAGAAAGCAUUGGUUAUGCUUUGCAGGGAGAAGAUGUGUUAGGUGCUGCACAAACUGGCAGCGGAAAAACUCUCGCUUUUCUUAUACCAGUAUUAGAAAUUUUAUAUUGCAAACAAUGGACCAGGUUAGACGGUGUGGGAGCUCUCAUAAUCACCCCUACAAGAGAGUUAGCCUAUCAAAUUUUUGAAACAUUGAAAAAAAUAGGCAAACAUCAUGAUUUUUCAGCUGGUCUUAUCAUUGGAGGAAAAGAUUUACAUUUCGAAAAAGGAAGAAUGGAUCAGUGCAACAUAAUAAUUUGUACUCCUGGAAGAAUCCUUCAUCAUAUGGAUGAGAAUCCUUUAUUCGAUUGUAACAGCAUGCAAAUUCUUGUAUUAGAUGAAGCAGACAGGUGUUUGGAUUUAGGAUUUCAAGAAACUAUGAACAACAUAAUAGAAAAUUUACCACCCAAAAGACAGACGCUUCUUUUUUCAGCAACUCAAACGAAAAGUGUUAAAGAUUUGGCUAGACUAAGUUUAAAAAAUCCAAAAUAUGUGGCAGUGCACGAACACAAAUCUCACAGUACUCCAGAAUCGUUAGAACAAAGUUAUGUAGUGUGUGAACUUCAUGAUAAAAUAAAAAUGAUUUGGUCGUUUAUUAAAAAUCACAAAAGACAAAAAAUAUUAAUAUUUUUAUCUAGUUGUAAACAAGUUAAAUACAUAUAUUUAUUAUUCUGUAGACUUAGACCGGGUUCACCCCUUUUAGCUUUAUAUGGAAAAUUACAUCAGUUAAGAAGGAUGAAAAUUUAUGAUGAAUUUUGUGCUAAACAAAAUGUCGUCAUGUUUGCCACCGAUAUUGCAGCUAGAGGUUUAGAUUUUCCCGAUGUUAAUUGGGUUGUACAAUUAGAUUGUCCGGAAGAUGCAAAGACUUACAUACAUAGAGCAGGAAGAACUGCUAGAUAUAAAAAGGGAGGAGAGAGUUUGCUUGUUUUAUUACCUUCCGAAGAAAAAGCCAUGUCUGAAGAAUUGAGUGCUGAAAAAAUUCCAAUAUCUAAAAUUGAAAUCAAUCCGAAGAUGCUUCAGUCGCCAGCUAGAAAAAUAGAAGCUUUGGUUGCAAGAGAUCCAAAUCUUAAAUUAGAUGCUCAAAGAGCUUUUGUAGCUUAUAUCAAAGGAGUUUUUCUCAUGAAGAAUAAAAAUAUAUUUAAUGUGGAAGCUUUAAAUUUAGAAAAAUAUGCUUAUUCAUUAGGAUUAGCAGUCAUGCCUAGGGUUAGAUUUUUAAAGGGAAAAAUAUCAAGUGAAACACUUCAUAAUAAAAAAAUCCAAGAGCAUGGCGAUUCUUCCGAUGCCCUUGCAAAAAAAAUGGACAAAUUGGAUUAUGAGAGUGGAAGCGAAAGCGAAGUCACUGAACAACAAAGCGAACCUGAUCGGGGAAAUGAAAGCUCCGAUGAUGAAAAUGAAAAUUUCUUAACGAUCAAACGACGAAAUCACGAAAUCGAUAUAGAGCCCGUAGACGAAAUCGAUUAUUUUUAUUUUUUAAACAAAUUAAUUCAGAAAGAUAUAAAUGUUAUCUUGCAAAUUUUUUUUUUCUCAUAUCAAUAUCAAUGUCAAUAA